AUGUGGAGAACCACAGUCCCAUCCCUCUUUAGGAAGGCCUUUGUUCUAGGACUAGAACGUACAGAUAACAGGUAUUAUAAAAAAGUUGCUGUUGUAAAAGAGAAACAAAAGCGAAAUGCAGAUGAAGAAAGUAUAGAAGAUGUGGAUGAUGAGGAAUUUGAAAAGAUGAUCGACACAUUUGAAGAUGAUAACUGUUACACUCCUGCAAACGAUGACCUUGAUUUUGUAAGCAAUAUGAAAAAGAAAACAAAAAGAAAUAAGGAUAACUUGGAAGAUGAAGAUUCAGAGGGUAGUGACGAUGAAUUUGGUAACUUAGAUGAUGAAGAAGUUUCUUUAGGAAGUAUGAAUGAAGAAUUUGAUGAAAUUGAUGAAGAUGGAGCAACAUUCAUGGAUGUAGCUGAUGAUGAAAGUGAGGGCCUUCCAGAACUUGAUGAAGUCAACUUCAAAGACAAUACUAAGAAAAAUAAAAAAAGAGAGUUCGGCCAUCUGUUGGAUGAAAAUAUGGGAUCCAAAUUUGAUAGCAUUGGCAUGAAUGCCAUGGCUAACAGGGAUGAUGCAAGUCUCAAGCAGCUCAGGUGGGAGGCCGAGCGGGAUGACUGGCUACACAACAGAGAUGGCCUUCCUUUGCGGCGACUCGACCCUUACAUUUGGGGGCUCGUCCGGGAUCGUCUCCCGUGUGAGAGGACCCCAAUGGCCGAAGAAACCUCUCGGGGUCAUUGGUCAGAAAUUAAAGAGAGAGCGCACAAUCUCUCCCUUAAUGUGAAGAAGAAAGAAUGGCAAACUCUGUGCUCUUCAGAAUGGCCGUCCUUUCAGACUGCUCCUCUCUUACCAGCUAAGAUUCAGCCCUCCUCUUCCAGCCUCUAUCCAUCCCUGCCACCCCCGGUUCUUCCAGAAUCUCAAACUGACUUAAUCCAUCUCGAUCUAGAGACACCUCCACCUCUAUAUGCGCCCAUUCCGCCUCCACCUGCUGCUUCUCCUGCGGCUCUAUCUUCGCCUGCUACCUCUCCUGCAACUUCUCCUCCUCCUGCAUCCCCCGAGCUUGAAUCUUCAUCGGAGGAUGAUCACGGGCCAGCACAGGGAACUCGAGGAGCCCAUAACAAGCAAGCAAAGAGUCCACAAGAAGUGGCCAAGACUCUUCCACUCCGGCCAUAUGGGCCGAUGAUUGACAACGGCCAUGGAGGAGAAAUGCCAACACUCCAGUAUUGGCCAUUCUCCACCUCAGAUUUGUAUAACUGGAAAAAUAAUAAUCCCCCUUUUUCCGAGGACCCAUCUAGGUUAACGGCGCUGCUGGAGUCACUUAUGUACUCUCAUCAGCCCACUUGGGAUAAUUGUCAUCAAUUGUUGGGGACCCUAUUUACCCAGGAAGAGAGAGAAAGAAUCCUCACAGAAGCCAGAAAAUUGGUUCUGGGACCGGGCGGUGUUCCUAUUCAGAUGCCAAACCUCAUUGAUGACGCCUUUCCCCUGCGCCAUCCGGACUGGGACCCAAAUACUCCUGGAGGUAGGGAGCAUCUGUCCAUCUAUCGCCAGACUCUUAUGGCGGGUUUCAAGGUGGCUGUGCGCCGACCAACCAAUUUGGCUAAGGUAAGAGAGAUUAAUCAGGGGCCUAAUGAAUCACCCUCAGCCUUCCUAGAAAGAAUAAUGGAAGCUUAUCGCAGGUACAUUCCUCAGGCUGAGGGACUACAAGGGUCGGUUGCUAUGACCUUUAUAACCCAAUCGGCCCUAGAUAUCAGAAAGAAGCUCCAACACUUAGAUGGGUUACAAAAUUCUACCUUAAGGGAUUUAGUGAAGGAAGCUGAUAAAGUGUUUUAUAAGAGAGAAACAGAGGAAGAGAAGGAAGCACGAAAGGCGAGAGAAAGAGAAGAAAGGGAAGAGGAAAAAGAAAAGAGGAAUCUAGAGAGGGAAAAAGAAAGGGACAAAAGACGAAAUAAAGAGUUAGCUAAAAUCUUGGCUACUGUAGCACAGGGAAACAUAGAUAAGAAAAAGUCACGCUGCCCUUUGUUAAAACCCAACCAGUGCGCCUAUCGUAAGGAACUUGGACAUUUCGCCAAGAAUUGCCCAAAGAAUCCAAACAAACUACCUCAAAGGCGCCAACCAGCAAUGUUGGCCCUAGAAGAAAAUGAUGAUUAGGGGGGACGGGGCUCGGUUCCCCUCCCUGAGCUCAGGGUAACCUUUGAUGUGGAGGGGACUCCAAUUGACUUCGAAGUAGACAUGGGCGCGGUAUUCUCUGCCCUCCAAAAACCACUUGGACCCCUGUCCAAUCAAAGAACCUUAGUCCAGGGAGCAAACGGCAGCAGAUACCGAGCCUGGACUACAAAGAGAACUAUGGACUUAGGAAGAGGAAAAGUACAACAUUCUUUUCUGGUCAUACCUGAAUGCCCAGCUCCCUUAAUGGGAAGGGACUUAUUAACCAAAUUAAGGGCCAGGAUAACCUUUGAGCCUCAGGGGCCCCAGGUAACUUUCCUUAACCCACUGGUGCAUCGGCCUACAGCAGCUAUGCUAACCAUGGCCACUGAGGAUGAAUACCAACUCUAUAUGCACCCUAAAGACCCAUCCAUCCCUCAGAAUUGGCUAACAGAAUUCCCUGACUCAUGGGCCGAAACUGCCGGAUUAGGACUUGCUAUCUCCCAACCACCUAUAGUCAUAACUUUAAAGGCAUCGGCUACCCCAGUCUGCAUUAAACAAUAUCACAUAAGUAAGGAAGCUCACCUGGGAAUAAAAGGACAUAUCCAAAAAUUUCUAACCCUGGGAGUAUUAAUACCAUGCCAGUUGGCCUGGAAUACUCCUUUGCUGCCAGCCAAAAAGCCUGGCACUGAGGAUUAUAGGCCAGUACAAGAUCUGCGGGAAGUAAAUAACAGAGUAGAAGACAUACACCCCACGGUGCCUAAUCCCUACAAUUUACUCAGCACUCUGAACCCCGAAAUAACUUGGUAUACAGUGUUAGACUUAAAAGAUGCCUUCUUUUGUCUACCUCUACACAAAGAUAGCCAACCCCUGUUUGCUUUUGAAUGGACGGACCCAGAUAUGGGAACAACAGGACAGUUAACGUGGACUCGUCUUCCACAGGGGUUCAAAAAUAGCCCUACCAUCUUUGAUGAGGCCCUCCACAGGGACCUGGCUUCCUUACGGACUCAACACCCAGAGGUAACACUUCUCCAGUACGUAGAUGACCUCCUGCUGGCUGCGGACUCAAAAACAAACUGUAUGUAUGGGACACGGGAACUUUUACAAGAGCUUGCCCUAUUGGGGUACCGAGCCUUGGCCAAAAAGGCCUAAAUCUAUCAAAAAGAGGUUACCUUCCUGGGAUAUACUCUCAGAGAAGGAAAACGAUGGCUUACAGAGGCAAGAAAAAAGACUAUCACCCAAAUCCCUCCACCUAAAAGCCGGAGACAGUUAAGGGAAUUCCUGGGAACUGCAGGAUUCUGUCGCCUCUGGAUACCGGGUUUCGCUUCUUUGGCCGCCCCUCUCUAUCCUCUCUUGAAAGGGGACAUCACUUUCAUCUGGGGCCCAGAUCAACAAAGAGCCUUUGACGAAAUAAAAAGGGCCCUACUGUCAGCCCCUGCCUUGGCCCUCCCCGAUGUGGACAAGCCUUUCACCCUCUACAUAGAGGAAAGGCAAGGCAUUGCACGAGGAGUCCUAACUCAAACCUUCAGCCCCUGGAAGCGACCUGUGGCUUAUUUGUCAAAGAGGCUAGACUCUGUAGCCAGCGGAUGGCCACACUGUUUAAAGGCCAUCGCAGCUGCUGCUAUGUUGACCAAAGAUGCGGACAAAUUAACUUUGGGACUAAAGCUAACUAUCUUAGCUCCACAUGCUCUAGAGAGUGUUAUUUGCCAACCUCCAGAUCGACGGCUUUCCAACGCCAGAAUUUCUCACUACUAAAGCCUCCUGUUGAAUAAGGACCGAAUAUCGUUCGGUCCACCCACUACUUUCAACCCAGCCACCCUGCUGCCUGAAGAGACAUCAGAGCCUGUUCUCCAUACCUGCCAGGAGAUCCUGGCAGAAGAAACUGGAAUCCGCCAAGAUCUCACUGACUUGCUGCUUCCAGACGCUGAGGUAACUUGGUACACAGAUGGCAGCAGCUUCCUGCUGGACAGUAAGAGGCACGCGGGAGCUGCGGUGACCGAUGGGACUCGGGUUAUCUGGUCGUCAGGACUAAGAGAGGGCUCUUCAGCACAGUGGGCAGAACUCAUUGCCCUUACUAAAGCUCUAGAACUGGCUGAGGGAAAAAGAGCAACUGUCUAUACUGACAGCCGCUACGCUUUCGCCACAGCAUACAUUCAUGGAGCUAUCUAUCAACAAAGAGGGCUCCUUACCUCAGCAGGAAAAGAAAUUAAAAAUAAACAAGAGAUACUCAGGCUCUUGUCAGCCAUCAUGUUGCCACAAAAGCUGGCUAUAGUACAUUGCAACAGCCAUCAGAAGGGCUCUAACCCCAUUGUAAAGGGAAACAACCAUGCCGAUAAAGCUGCUAGGCAAGCAGCCCUAGAUACUCCUACUGUCUUAACCCUGAAAACGGCCGAGUCGCCCGAACUGCCUACACCGCCCCAUCUAAUGAAGGAACCAGAGCUCCAAACUUACUUCCAACAGGUUCAUAAGUUAACUCAUUUAGGCAUCAAAAAGCUUUGCCUCCUGGCCCAACAUCAGAACACCAGCGAGCUCCCGCUAUCCAAAAUCUAUAAACUGGCCAAACAAAUUGUUGAUGAUUGUAAAACUUGUCAGCUUAUUAACUCACGCCCCUCUAAAUCUGUAAGAGGAACAAGACUACGAGGAGAGAGGCCCGGACAAUAUUGGGAAGUAGACUUCACUGAAGUAAAACCCGCUAAAUAUGGACUCAAAUAUUUACUAGUUUUUAUAGAUACUUUUUCAGGAUGGACGGAGGCCUUUCCCACCAAGCGGGAAACGGCACAAACAGUGGUCAAAAAGUUAAUGGAAGAAAUUUUUCCUCGAUUUGGCAUGCCAAAGGUAAUUGGGUCAGACAAUGGGCCGGCAUUUGUGGCACAGGUAAGUCAGGGAGUAGCCAAGGUAAUGGGGAUUAAUUGAAAAUUUCAUUGUGCUUAUAGACCCCAAAGUUCAGGACAGGUAGAAAGAAUGAACAGAACAAUAAAAGAGACCUUAACAAAAUUAGUCCAAGAGACUGGCUUUAAGGAUUGGACCAUGCUCCUGCCUUAUGCCCUAUUCCGGGCUAGAAACACUCCAAUGGCUAAGCCUCCUAACCUUACUCCGUUUGAGAUCCUCUAUGGUACCCCACCCCCAAUACGAGACCUCAGUCCCUGGCCUAAAGACUUAAAAAUGCCUCAGACCCCUCUAGCUGAUAGACUCUUCUUGCUUGAUCAGAUCCAGUGUGUCUUAUGGAGCCAAUUGUCUACUGCCUAUCAACCCAGUGACGAGCCAAUGCCCCAUAACUUCCACGUAGGAGACUACGUGUUCGUCCGCCGACGCCAGGUCGAAACCCUACAGCCCCACUGGAAAGGACCUUAUCAGGUACUGUUGACUUACCCCCACUGCAGUCAAAGUUGGUUCAAUCGAUCCCCAUGGUUAACAACUUUGGUAACUGCCUUGGCAGGACCACUAAUACUUCUACUCCUUUCAAUAACUAUUGGACCUUGUAUAAUCAAUAGAGUCAUAGAUUUCAUUCGCACUCAAAUUGGUAAUGUUAAACUGAUGAUCAUUCGGCAACAAUAUGAGGCCUUAAAUAUUAACGAUUCCAAUCUCUAA